GUAAGAGUAAUACUACACCGAUACAAUUUGUGAUGAUUGGUUUGUUAUUUUAAGUCAUUGAUCUCACUAUCUUCCUGUCAGUUCAGAUCAAACCGACCCGUGCCCACCGCUUCUUUGCCCGACCCAUAAUUAUGCUUCACCUCCGUUAAACAACAUAUUCUCAGUUUCUUUCACAAGUCUUAAACGUACGUUAAAGAUCUUGGAACUGACGGGAGACUUGUAAAACUGGCAAUCGAAUGGACGACACUCGGACCGCCGUACCACAAGUAAUAUACGAGACACGUCAUCACGCCAGCGGACCGUACACUCCCAGUUACCCGUCACAAUCCGAUCAACGGGCGCGUGAAGCUUCAAAACGCGGCGUGUUAUCGUUUCUCUCUGUUCCAGGUGUGAGUAAACUUAAAGAGAAAUGGAGUGAGUAUCGGCGCUCUCCUAGAGAAAUUAAGAGACUUGUAUCGUUGUUUAUAUCGCCGAGAGGUGAACGCGUUGCUGUGGCUGCCGGAAAUCAGAUUACAAUUUUGCAGAAGGAUGAUGACUACAAGGAACCGUGUGGCAUUUUUACCAGUAGUACUCCUGGUGCAUUUAUUUGUGGAGCUUGGUCAGAAACUCAUGAUAUACUUGGAGUUGCUAAUGGAUCCGACACAGUCUAUUUUAUUAAAGCAAAUGGUGAAGAGAUAACAAGAAUCACAAAUAAGCAUUUAAAAGGUUCUUUACCAACAAUAAGCCUGAUUGCACAAGAUGCAACUGACGUACAAACAUCUUGCUUGUGUACCUUCACUGUUCUGACAGCAGAUGGAUGCCUUCACAAUAUUGAGAUCAGUCAGGAGCCAAGUGCCUCUAUUUCCUCUGCAUGUGCAUCAAAUAGUGGAUCAACUUCUAGGAGGCAGUUUCCUCAGAAUGUUUUCUGUGUUGACUAUUCUCCAGAUCUUUCAUUGUUAGUUGUUGUCAGUAGUCCUAUCACUACUUCACUUACCUCUAGUGGGACUACUGGGUCUUGUAUUUCUAUUUGGCGUAGAUGUAAAAGUUUAGACCUGGAACAACUGUGCUUUACUCAGUUUGAAGGCUUAUAUUGCAAACCAAAAGGCUAUGAAGGGAAGCCUGUACUUGCGAAAGUGCUAAUUUCUCCACAAGGAAAAUUUGUUGCUACCUCAGAUAUUACUGGAUGCUUGCACAUUUUUAAGAUGGAUAAUGCUAGCUCUUCACUGUCAAAGGCUUUUUGUGGAGAAAGAUUGGAUUCUCAAGUGACUGAUAAUUCAUUAAACAGAGAGAAAUUGUUUAGAGAUGUUGUGGAUUUUACUUGGUGGUCUGAUCAUAUACUUACACUUGCAAGAAAGGAUGGAAUUGUCACCAUGAUUGACAUCCAUAGUGGCUUGAAAGUUCAAGACAGUGAUCCUGUACAUUCAGUGCUUGUUUUAGAGAGAGUAGAGAAGCUUAAAGGUCAUGUUUUUCUUUUAGAGAGUAAAUCGCUUGACGAGAGAUUAAACACAUCUAAUUUUGACGGAGGAACGAUCGACUCAAAUCACAUAGAGCCGGUUGCUGAAGACAGAUUUAAUCAGUUUGACAUUUCUAUAUUGCGCUGGAGCUUGAUAUCAUUGUCAGAGAGAUCUGUUCCUGAUAUGUAUAAUAUUUUAAUUAGCAACCACAAGUAUAAAAGGGCUAUGGACUUUGCUAAUAUUCAUGGAUUGGAUACAGAUGAAAUCUUUAAAUCACAGUGGUUGUAUUCUAGGCAAGGAAUAGAUGAAAUAAAUAUGUUCUUGUCAAAGAUUAAGGAUCAAGCAUUUGUAAUUUCUGAAUGUGUGGAUAAAAUUGGACCAACAGAAGAUGCUGUGAAGGCUUUACUUGCACAUGGGCUGCGCCUAACUAGCCAGUAUAAAUUCUCUGAAGAAGAUAAUGAAGGUAGUCAAAUUUGGGAUUUUCGUCUCUGUAGACUUCAGUUGUUGCAAUUUGGAGACAGGUUGGAGACGUAUCUUGGGAUUAACAUGGGCAG